AUGGUUAAUGAUGGUCAUGACAGUAACUGGGUGUAUAAUAAAAUUGAGAUCCAAAGUGGACAACUGUUUCACGAUAAGAAGCACCUGCAACAUGCAGUUAAGAAAUGGUUUUUCAUGGGAAAGAAACCAUUCAAGGUGGUUAUUUACAAUCCAACCACAUAUGAUGUCAAGUGCCUAUCCCCCGGAUGUCCAUGGCGGGUUCAUGGUUACCUACCGAAGGGGGAGAACAACUUUUUGGCUUCGAACAUCGUUGGGCACUCGUGCAAGCUUUCAGAAACUGUUGUGAAGCGUAGAAACAUGACAGCUAAAUUUGUGGCCACUGUGAUGUACGGAGAAAUUGUGAAGAAGACUUGUAUAUCUCUAUUUCAGAUCAUGCUUGCAAUUUCCAAUAGAGCCUCCUAUGAAAUAUCAUAUGACAUGGCAUGGCGAGCAAAGCAGAAGGAUGCAAAUGGUGACAGGGUGCUUAGGUGUGCCUUCUGGUCCUUUGGGUGCAUGAUUGAAGCUUUCAAACACUGCAGACCAGUUCUCUGUGUGGAUGGAACAUUUUUGACCAGAUUGUAUAAAGGGCAGCUGCUCACCUGCAUUGGGGUUGACGCAAAUGACAAGGUUGUCCCGAUUGCCUUUGCUUUUGUGGAAUUUGAGAAUGCUGAAAGCUGGUUGUGGUUUUUUUCACUCAUCAAGCGGGCCGUGGUUUGUGAGAGGCCUAACGUGUGUGUCCUCCAUGAUCGCCACAAGGGUAUAUUGUGA